GACGCUUCCGAAGCAAUCGCGUCUAGUCCGGUGAGUGUGCGGGAUCAGGUUGGCCAGUUUAGCUGAGUUCAGCUGUUGCGGUACGUGAAGGCUUAAAUGCAGUUAGCGCUUUUCAAAAUGAUAGGACCUAUCCGGUGGCCAGGCAGCAACCGGAGAACGUGCAGUAUACACGUUCUAUUGCUGUUAGUUCUUCUGCUGUCGGUGGUUCUCGCUGGGGGCAGUCGGGUGAGAUCAAAGAAGCACCGAACAUCCCGCGGUACAUCCCACGCCGCACGUUGGCAAUCGAGAGCAUCGACUGAUGGCACUUCGAACGCUAUCCACGAGCUUGCCGCCAAACCGGCCCCCUUCUCCAAAGCUGCCCAUUCGGGCGGCAAUCCCAGCGGAGGGCCAAAGAAGCGGUCCUACUACGUGCCGGCGGUAACGAACCUGGAAAACUUCAUCAACAACAUCAAGACCGGUAUCGGUGCGUCAAAGCUGGCGCACGCCGUGAACGGUGUGACCGGAGCAAUCCAGCAAGCCGUCUCCAUGCCGGGCCACGGACCAAUCAACCUGCUCGGCAGUCAUCGUCCGGUAGCGGGCAUACACAAUGCCGCCGGGUACUACUCGAACGCGAACGAGCUGCGGUACGGGCAGCCGUUCACCAAACAGGGCCCCUCUCACUUCAAGUCGGCCUCCGUCGGCUACGGCGGGAAGAAGGCGGGAACGAUCGCGGGUGGAAAGCGCGGCCGCCAUUCAUCGACGGCCUCACCGCCCGGCAAGUACGAUUCGCUCAUGUCCGAUCUGGGCAUUUCGGGGUACAAGCACUUCGAGAACGCGGUGAUCCGCGACUUGGAGCGACGGGAGGAGCUCAAGGUGGAAGCCACCAUACACACGCUCUUCCCGGACGCAGCCGAUGACGAUUGGCGGCCGAUCGCAUCAAUCAAAAAGGCUCCACUGCCGGUGCGUGCUACCGCGCCAGAGCUGUCCGAGUCGAAGAUCGUUACCGCGCUGGCGCCUGUGCGGGCGGAAAAGCAGCGCCCUCUGGAUGCGGCACCCACGCGCACUGCGAAACCGAAGCUGCCGGGAACGGGGACAAGUUCGGCUGGCCGCUACGGGCUGACAAGCACUUCCGCACCAAGUCCGAAGGCUACGAGCGCACCGACCCAGAAGCAUCGCUCUAAAGCGGCCUCGCUGGGCAAGGAAAAGCGACCGAAGGAGCGGGUAAAGUGUUGGAACUGUGCCACCGCCACCUCUACCACCGUCGCCGUACGGCCGGUGUCGAUCACACACCCAACACCGGCCAGACUACCGGCGACGACGGGCGGCCAGUCGCAACGAUUCGGCCCCGCGUACGAUGCGACAAUGUUCUACGGCAACAAUGGAAAGGCUCCGGCAGCCGUCGCACAGUCGUACAGCAACGUCGAGAUGCAGUACAACCGUACCCACGCUCCUCCGUUUGCCGUGGCGGGCCCGUGGACGCAGGUCACUGCCGGCAGCACGGCCGAACUCAGCACCCAGUCCGCCCCACCCGUCACCACCUUUGCCGCACUGGCGGAAACGGUUCCCCACAGCGCUGGAGGGCUGAACGGUCUGACCAGCCCAUAUGCGGGCGUGAAGAAGAGCUACGCGAAGGGUCCCAAACCGUACGCGCCAGCGACGUCCUACCUGGGACACAGUGAUGCGACCACGGUUGCUUCGACCACCACUCACAAACCGACUGGCGGCUCGCAAGGGACGAAGGGUACGACCAAGAAACGAACGACCGGCCACCAUCGGGCGGUCGACAAGCACGGCGACAGUGCCGUUGCCGGGUCGAGCAAAAGCGAGCUGCGGGUGAAGAAAAAGUUCGACCCCAAGUACAGCCGGAACCGGGGCACGAUCAAGUUUAAGGAUGCGCUGGAGAAAAACCCGGACCAGAUCUACCGGUAGGGCGGAUAUCGACGCAAUGGAGAGAGAGUGAGAGAGCGCAGGAAAACCGCAACAGUAAUUUUGUUUGUGUUGGGCGAUAGUAGUCGCCCGGGUGCGUCAGGAGGCUAAAGCAUGGAGGAAGCUGUGUCGUGCAGGAGGAGGGGCAGUGCACGAUGGCUUUAGUUAUUAUUUAAUUUGUGCACAGCUUGUGCACAUGUUGCUUAUUUAUACACACGGUAGAAUAUGUAAGGCUGUUAAACCAAAGUACGAUUGCAAGCGAAAGUUUCGUAAAGAUCGCACCAGUGUGUGGGGUCGUGACGCUUUUCUGGCUACUGUAAGUAGCCGUUGUUCUCUGUUAAUGAUUUUUAUCCUCCUCAGGAAUUUACUGCUGUAAUUCGCGCCUGUUCUGUUCACUUUCCACAACAAACUUUCUUAGAUGCUUAAAAAAUAAAUCAAUUGUUAUGUAGUA